CAAGUGAUCUGUAAUCCCUUUAUCGUCCCCAUUUGAUUCCGACGGUUUUCUUCUGCAAGAUUCCAACUAGCAAACACAGAGCACCCUGAAGCAGACGACGAUGGACGGCGCCGCACCGUACCUUCCCGAAGAAGUCAUCGCCAACAUUCUCAAGCGGCUGCCGAUGAAAUCCAUAAUACGAUUUCAAUGUGUCUGCAAGUAUUGGAGAGAUCUCAUCAAGACUCCAUCUUUCAUCCAAGACCAUUUCCGCCACUCAUCUCUACAAAACCCUUCUCUUUUUAUCGGGCAGUCCAAUGGAGAUGAUCCUUUCCGCUUAUAUUUGCUCAACUGCAAGAUGCAACUUCGUGAGUUUGAUAAGGCGCCUUUCGUCGGUCCCUUGGUGGGCGUUUGCCUCGUCGGUUCUUGCAAUGGCUUGCUUUGCCUCGCCGAUUAUAACAUCCGUCCUCCUGCCCCUUUGUUGUGGAAUCCGGCGACUAGAGAGACCAGACAAAUUCCCAUAACUUUUAACGAUUCUCGGAUUUGUUGGGAAUUCGGAUUUGGCUUCAGUCCCAUCAUUAAUGAUUACAAGAUUGUAAGAAUUUCCUUAAAUCCUUGUGUUUGUGAUGUAGAAGUGUAUUCAUUAAGCAAAGGGUCUUGGAGAAACAUACCAUUUGACGACUUAAAAGAUAUUUGUAUCAAUAAUCAUGGUGUUAAUGUCAAUGGAGUUUUGUUUUGGGAUGGGAUCGAGCUAUACGAAGGGGUAAUGGAUGAUGAUACUGAUGAUACUGAUGUAGAUACUAUUGUGAUAGUUUCGUUUGACAUAGCAUCGGAAGUGUUUACAGCGAAACUAUCGCCCACUUCACGCUGUAAACUUGCUGUGAAUGACGAUAAACUUGCUAUAAUUUCUCCCAAUUGGAUUACAGAUUCUCCGGAUUCUUCUAUUUAUUUUGGGGAGUUGGAAGAGGUUAUAGGGUUAUCUGAGGACAUAUGGAGUUCUAGGGACUACAUUCUUAGCUAUGCAUUCAAUUUACAUGAGUUAUAUGUUGGGAGCGUUUGGAGGAAUCAAAUUGUCUGCAUUGAUUUUGGAAUGCACAGAUCUGAUAAGCUUAGAAUGGAGAAUGCUGAACACCUAUAUUUGAUCCAUCUCACUACUAAUGAACGUAAGAUGCUUACUCUCCCCACACUCAAAUCUGGCCAUGAUGUUAGUGAUUUCAAAUUCAUGGAAAGGCCUGUCACAAUUGCCAACUUUCAAAUUGCAAGGCCUGGUUUUGGUUUCAGUGUUUUCAAUUAUGUGGGAAGCCUUAUGCCCAUCGACAACAUUCAAAUUGAAGAGCCUUAA